UCCCUCAGUUGGUGCCACACAAAAAUGGCAAUGUUUUCAGUUGUGCUGGAAAAAUAUUUUCAUAUCAGAAAAUUUGUACUCGCCAAUGUGUGUUGAGACUUUGCACCUGACUUUAUCUUUGAAAUAAGGAACGUCCUCAUCUAUGUUCUUGUGGUCUAGCACAUCCAUAAUUGCGUCCUGAAAUAAUGCAGUGAACGCUGUAAUUAUUGGAGUCAAGUUCGUAGCAGGACUUUCCUUUAUGAGUUGCUUGACAUCUGUGAUAUUUAUCACCAUACCUGUGGUGGGGUCCACCUGUGAACCCAACUGUCCUGUUAACCUCUAUUAAGGUAAUAAAAGCUACGCAAUUUGCCAGGCUUACCUCGCCGCGUAACGUUACUUCCACUGCAAAGAUUAUAUAUUCCACUGCAUAUACAGGCGUGAGCUUUUUAACCUCACAGAGGCCGAAGACACUUACGUUUAUAGUUGUGUCCGUGUCCAUUGGGGUUAUUGCAUUUGCCAUAAAGUUCGCGGUUUUCUUCGUCAGAUAAAAAAGGGCUGAAAAUAUCGGUCGUUAAGUUUCUUUGCCGUUCACAGUGUAGUCUACAAACCUAUGCAAACGAUGACAUGCACUGAAUGUCUCUAUCCGAGUGACAGAAACUAAAGGAGCAGAGCCAUCCCCGGAAGAACCCAUGUUCCUUCUUUCACCCAUUACCUACUCCCAUCUUUCCAGACGAUGACGAUAAUCUGAUAGAUACUACGGUUGUCAUGGAAACUCCAAUUGGCAGUCGGCUCUAUGGCUUUGGAUGCAAAAUUGGCUAGCCUCGCGUCUUAUGACUAGGCUUUUGGACAACUUUUAAGCCGUGAAUAGCCACACAGUUUGUUGUACGCAUUCGAUUAUAUCUUGCAACAUGUGCGAUCGCACACUAUGUUGAAAAACCUUCUACCACCAACACUAAGCUCACUGAGACUGGUGAUAUGCAGUCGUGAAUUCGCCCAUCAGACUGUGGGGCAAAGGAUAUCAGAGGAACGUGUAGUGCAUCACGUGUAUAGGGACCUGUACCCAUGGAAAUCGAAAGGCGAAUUCGUCAAUCACAUUGUUGAUAGUAUUUUCUACAAUGAAGGCGGUCUAAUAGCAUUUAACAAGCCCUAUGGAGUUGCCAUAGAGUCGGAGGACAAACACCGGAGCUCACACAGUUCAUUCACAAAAAAGAGACAACACAUUUCUGGGAUAGGAGACUGUCCCUACAGCAUAGAGGAUUCUUUGUCGGAAGUGGCCAACUGCCUUAAAGUCGAGCAUUUGACGUGCGUGAAGUCUGCUGAAAGGUACGCCAGUGGGCUGACCCUUCUUGCCUGUACAGAGGAUGCGCUACGUAGUGCCAAGAAAGCUAUACUUCGAAGCAAACCCAUGAAUGUGCCCUACAUAACUGCCUGGAUUAUUACAAGAGGAUACCCCGCAGAGCCUACCUGUCGGGAGCGUGUGGCCAUGAAGUUUGUUCAGGUCGGCCAAGACGAGAAGCAGGUUACAGUCGUGAAAGAGUUUUCCAAGAGGGAUGUCCUGCGGAAGCAAGUCAAGCCAGUGUUGGUGGAAUGGAGCGUGCUGGCAAAAAAUACGGUACUAUCGGCUAGUCUGAUGGAGAUAUCCACCACUUCUGUUGGAUGGCAUUUUCUACGUGCGUAUCCUGCAACUAAGGCGGCCUGCGUUCUGGGAGAUCCAAUGAAUCGUGUAGCAGAUGUCCUUGGGAAGCCCUUACCCCUCACCCCGCUGGGCGGCAUGCAGAUCCUACCGGAGGCCGUCUGCAACCAGCUGAAGAUCCCAAAAGGCGUAGAAGGUAACAGGAGAGUGCCUACGAUGGUACAUUAUCGUCGCCUUGCAUUGCCUGGCUACCGAGGGCAGAUGGACUUUACAAUCACCAACCCUCAUUUGCCAUUGCACUUUGAAUGGACACUGAAGCAACUGCAGCUGUUGCCCAGUACUAUAACAUGAAGUUCAGUGCUGUACAUGAAGUGGUACAAGAUGAUAGUUGCAACUUCCUUGCAGCCCCAGCUCAUCCUAGUAAGGUCCCACGGCACCAGGAAGGCCUUGUUAUUUCAUACGAUUGCUGUCAAUUUUAUAAAUUAUAGGGCAAGCAGAAAAAGUACCAGUUUCUUCAUAUCAGAGGUGAGAUUGGGAGACGAAGCUGGAGUGGAGUGUGGAUUUGUUGAUAAUGUGGCCUGUAGGACCCACAAAAUGCUACAUCAUUGUUACCUUAGGAAUAUAAUUUAAUGACAUUGUUGUCACCUAUCUAAGAUAGAUGCCAUUUUCAUAGACAGAAUAAACAUUUGCCACCUAU